GUAGGUCUAGUUAAGUAGUAUCUAGUAGUAUCGGUAUAUAUACACACAGUUGAGUGUACAGAAACGCAAACAGAGAACAGGCAAAUAUCUAUAGUAGGUAUGCUUUUGGGCUUUUUGGUGCAAGGAGACAGCAAAACAGUUCUAGUAUGUAUCAGGGAACAGCGGGCCGUAGAAUUUCAAGUAGGAUAAAUGAAUGAAGAACCAUGCCUUGGGGUAUAAGACAGAACAGAACACCAGAAGCGCCCUUGCAAUGGUUUCGCUUCCCUUUUCGCUUGGUAACCCAGCCACUUUUGCUUUCAACCGUAAUUCUUCUUCUGCUUUAUGCUCCCCUCAUUCCCCUGUCUUUGCAUCCAUACAGAACACACGCAUACACACCUCCCCUCUUCAAUCAUUCGACGGUGCAACCCAACGGUUGAUUUUUGUGCCAAGGACAAUGACGCAAGGAAUGCAUCGCCGGCAGAGUGAACACACACAAAGGAGAUGCUGGGCAGUGUACAGCAUUAUCAAUACAUGUUGGCGCGAACAAGUAUUUCGACAACAGGGGAAGAGGGGUACAUAUGCAGAGAGAUCAAACAUUAAGGAACGGACUGCACUCUGCGAGUCAGUAGUCGCAGGUGCUCAGGUCAUCAGUCAUCAUUAUGCAAUCACAGAUCAUGAACAGAAACAGGAAAAGAAAAAGAUAAAACAUAUCCGUCGAAACAUGUAUACUAUAGGAGAGGCAUAAGUCAUCAUUCACUGAAUCAAUCGUUCGAGAGGCGUUAAUAAAAGUCGUAAGAUGGUAUACAUC